AUGGAUGGUAUAGUCCAAUUUUUCGAGAACAAGACUAUUUUAGUCACUGGUGCUACAGGCUUUCUAGCAAAAGUGUUUGUGGGGAAAAUACUAAGGGCUCAACCAAAUGUGAAAAUGCUCUAUCUUCUUGUAAGAGCUUUAGACAAUGAAUCUAUUACACAAAGCUUUCGUGAAGAGGUGAUAGAAAAGGACAUAUUUAGGGUUCUAAGAAAUAAGUUGGGUGCAAAUCUAGAAUCCUUUAUAUUUGAAAGGGUUACUCCUAUCUCUAGUGACAUUAGUGAUGAGAAUUUUGGAAUCAAAGAUUCUAUAUUAAGAGAAGAGAUGUGGAAAGAAAUAGACAUUGUCUUAAAUUCUGGUGCUACAACAAAGAACAAUAUUGUAUAUGAUGUUGCAUUCGGCAUCAACACAUAUGGAGCUUUGCAUGUUUUGAACUUUGCAAAGAAAUGUAUUAAAUUGAAGGUACAUCUCCAUGCAUCAACUGCUUAUGUGUCUAGCGAAAAGGGGGGCAACAUACUUGAGAGCCCAUUACACAUGGAAGACAUGCCAAAGGGAACCACAAGAUUAGAUAUCAAUGCCGAAAAAGAGGUUGCGGAGGAAUACCUAGAUAGAUUACGAGUGCAAGGUGACACGAAUGAAGAGAUCACAUCCACCAUGAAGGAUUUGGACUUUAAAAGGUUUUUAAGAAUCUUACAAAAUAUGUUGAAAUUCCUUUAA